GCACGUCGAGCUGCAAAUGCAUUGGAGCACUGAUAGCAUGGCGACGCGCGGUAGAUGGUGGAUGGAUGGAUCGGACAUUUGUGUGUGGGUGUGGAUGAGCGUCUGUCUGUCAACAUGCAGUGAAUUCGUCGAUUCGAUGCGCUCACUCAUUCACCCCAGUCAGUCAGUAACACACAAAAACCUUCAGAAACUUGGUAUCGAUGCGGCGGGUUAUUACCGUUAGUUGUUGGCACGAAAGCCUCCCGCCAGGCGCCCUUGCAGACGAUGAGGGGAUGGAUCAGCCACCAUACGAUUUGUCGCGGCUUCGGUACUUCAGUUCGAAGGAUCAGCCACCCUCAACGCCGACACGUCGCCCUCCCACUUCCAAACAAUCGGUGACUUGAAGACGUACCUCUACAGCACUGGCAUCGCGCGGGGCGCCACCGACGCAGCCGACGUGGUGCGGGCUCUGGGGGGCGACGACUUCAAACACACCGACGACGAGCUCAUCACGGACGUCUUCGGCGAGCAGUAGGUGCCACACGAUGACGGGCAUUCUUAACAACCACUUUCGGACACUGCCUGCCUGCCUGCCUGUCGGUCGUGCGUGUGCGCGUGUGUGGGUGCAGGGGAUUGACUAAGGAGAAUCCCUUCGUCAUGAAGCGUCUGGUUCCGCCACCGAUAUACAAUACCGUACGGACGCUACAUGGAUGGAUGGAUGGGCACCUGCAUGUCUGUCUGUGUGUGUGUCUGUCUGUUACCGACCAGAGAGGUCGCCGGAGCAGACAGAGCAGCGCAGCGAGUGGGUGAGUGGAGCCAGCAGUCAUUUGUCUGUCAUUAUUUAUUUGCCAUCUGAGUCAUUUUAUAGCCGGCCGGCUGAGCUGAGCCCGACGUAGAAUGGAAUUGAUGACGUGGUCUCUGUGCGUGUGUGUACUUGUGUGUCUAUGUGUGUAGGGUGUGGCCAUGGUGGCCGUCUGGUGAUGCUGUGCUUUGGUGAUGAUUAUUUCUUGGUGUGCAUCGCAUAGCGGGCUGUCUGUCUCUGUGUGUGUGUGUGUGUGUGUGGCUCUCCCAUUGUGGCGUGUGUGUAGCAUAGCAACCGGGCGGGCGAACUAACUCCCUGGACGUGACGUGACGUGACGUGAGGUCGGUGUGCGUGUGGCUGGGCUGACAUGCCUGUCAUGUCAACAGCGGAUUUGUCGCUGCAGUCAGUCGGUCAGUCAAUGCAGUCAGUCAGUGAAAUGAAAUGAAUGCAGUGGAUGGAUGAGAAUGAAGCACCACAGCGAACGAAACGAAUGGACAUUGAUUCCUCGAGCUAUCCACACACACCAUGUCAUGUAAUCA